UGACAUAUCAUGUGGUCUUGUUUCAUAACGCAUUAAAUUGUAAAAAUGGCGAAACAGUGGAUGUUUAUAUUAAUUUGUUGCAUAGGAUUACAGUUUAUUUAUUCCAAAUAUACUCCUGAUUGGGACUCAUUGGAUUCAAGGCCGUUACCAAAAUGGUAUGACGAAGCCAAAUUUGGAAUUUUCGUUCAUUGGGGUGUAUUUUCUGUUCCAAGUUUCCAUUCAGAAUGGUUCUGGCCACUAUGGAAGUCAAAGCACCCAGCUCCAGAUAUUGUAGAUUUUAUGAAAAGAAAUUACCCACCCGAUUUUACUUAUGCUGACUUUGCUGCAGAUUUUACAGCAGAAUUUUUUAAUCCGGACGAAUGGGCAGAUAUAUUUAAAGCCUCGGGAGCAGGAUAUGUUGUUCUUACAAGUAAACAUGGUGAAGGAUUUCCCAACUGGCCAUCCUCUCAUUCUUUUAACUGGAAUGCAAAAGCAGUGGGACCAAACAGAGACCUUGUUGGCGAUCUGGCUGCAGCAAUACGAAACAGAACGGAUAUAAAGUUUGGAACAUACUACUGUCUUUCAGAAUGGCUUAAUCCACUCUAUCUCAAAGAUAAGGAAUCGAAUUUCACAACCCAGAAUUUUGUGAAGACAAAAACUAUGCCAGACCUGUAUGAACUAGUAAGUAAAUAUAAACCAGAAAUUGUAUGGGCAGAUAUGGUUGAUGAUUUAGGACCUUCUUCAUACUGGACUGCAAAAGAGUUUCUAGCUUGGUUGUUUAAUGAAAGUCCAGUAAAGGAUACUGUUGUUACAAAUGACCGAUGGGGCCCAGAUUGUAAAUGCAAACAUGGUAGCUACAAAACCUGUACAGAUAAAUUCAAUCCAGGUGUUUUACAGAAAUUCAAAUGGGAAAAUUGUAUGACAAUAGACAGAUACUCCUGGGGAUACCGACGAAAUGCCGCACUCGGAUCCUAUCUGACUAUUCAUCAAAUCAUUUCAACUUUUGCAUCCACAAUCAGUUGUGGUGGUAACAUGCUGAUGAAUGUAGGACCAACAAAAUACGGCAAAAUCAUACCAAUAUUUGAAGAAAGACUCCGUCAGUUUGGCCAAUGGUUGAAGGUCAAUGGAGAGGGAGUUUACAGUACGGUUUCAUGGAGUCACCAGAAUGAUACAGUAACUAGAAAUACAUGGUAUACCAAACGAAAAAUGGAGAAUGAAGGAACUGUGGUUUAUGCAUUUCUCCUUUCAUGGCCUACCGACACAGUUCUGAAAUUAGGAGCACCGAUCCCAUCACAACAAACAGAGGUCAGCAUGCUUGGUUACCCAGACAAAUUUAUUUGGAAAGCUGGUCCAGGAGGCCAAGGAAUUUAUGUCACUAUACCAAUUAUACCAUGGAACAAACUACCAUGCGAAUGGGCAUGGGUACUUAAACUAACACAUAUAUCAAAUUAGACUUAAAGUGUAUUUGAUGAUUGGUUUGGAUAUGUCUAAUUGUGUCACAAAUACCAGAUUUUAUACGUUUAUGAAACAAGUCAUUGAAUCAUGACUGAUAAAAGAUACUAUGAAACAUAUGAAAUACUGAUUAUCUUUAUCAAUAGGAGCGUAGAAUGUGCAACAGAUUUUCUUUUCGAACCUUAUAGUGGCACAUACUUUUUUGAUAUGACUCUUACAAUCGAGAGGUUGACAACUGAAUUGAAUUGUACGGUUAAAACAUUUUUAGUUGAUAAAUGUUCUGAAUGGCAUUUAUUUCAUGUAUUCUUAUGAAUGAACUUUGCAUAGUUGUUUACAUUUUUCACAGAGCAGUAGUGAAAAUGAAGCAGAAGAAAGAAAGGGGCAAUAAAAAAAUUGCAUUGAAAUAAUAUUUGUUUUAAUGUGAUAUUAUCUGAAUUAAAUGAUGCCUCAAAAGAAAUAUCACAUGGGCAUAUUUUCUCUGAAGUCUUUGAUAUAUUCUGAUUCUGAAAGCAAAUUAUUUGAUUACUGUAAAUUAAUAUGUUCAUGUGAUUUUAAACCAAAAAAGUACUGUUUAUAUCUAUAUUUGAUUAAUGGACGCAUUUGAGUUUGAGUUUAUGUUUUUUCAUGUAUCAAUGUAUAACCGUCCGUGUAAAUUUUAUUUCUUAUAUUAGUGCUAUAUGUUUGUCAGUAAUAUGAUUUGUGGUCCAAAUGUAUAUAUUUCUAAUUCAGUUCCUCUUAGAGUUAGAUACUUUUUAAGUCUUUAACAGUUCUUCGACAGUUAGUAUUGUUAGUUUGUUAUUGUAAUUUUUCUAUGCCUCGCCUGCAAUAAAGGGGCAUUAUGUUUGACUGUCUGUGAGUGCAACCGACCGUCUUGUCCCCUACCGGAUUGAAGUUUUGGUUAAUUGUAAGUUUCAUAUAGUUAAACCCAAUGUUGUAGAAAUCAUGUUGAAAGAUAGGUAGUGCAAAUGUUCAUUAUGAUAUGACAUUUAAAAAAUAUUUGCAAAAAUAAAUGUUUCGACCCAGAUUUCACAGUUCACGGAAUAUUAAAUUGUGACUGUUAAAAAGGUUUAAAGUCCUAUUGACACAUGUUUUUGAUUUUAAUUAAUCAUGAAAGUAUAACUUAAUUAUUAUUUCAAAACUUAGGGAUCUGAAUACCCUGUUACAUCUGUAUAAACCAUUUUAAAUUAAUUGGAUGUAGGACAUUUACAUAAAUAUAGGAUUAUUUCUGUAAAAUAUAAAAAAUAAAAGACGGUGAUUUCACCUAAAGUUUGCGUAAACAAGACGAUUUUUUUCUAUGUGUUUGUUCUUGGUAUUUUCAUUUAUUUGAAUUUGUUAUCCUCAAUUAUCCUAUUGUAUUAUAUUAAAAAUCUUAAUGACAA